UGGUGGCCCCGGCCCAGAACAUGUGUAACCGAGACCCACGCAGCAAACAGCUCCGCCAGCUCAUGGAGAAGGUAACAGCCGUCAAUAACACACACUCAGACAUUUUGUUACCCACGUCUGGUACAAUCACACACACACACACACACACACACACACACACACACACACACACACACACACACACACACGACACAGACCAAUCCCUUCUGUAGUAAACCAUUUAGACUCUUAGAGAUUAACAGUCACACUAUGACAGCCACACUCACUCUAUCCCACUGACAUUUGAUCAGUCAUGCACGCAAAUAUUGUUAGUCAAAAGACUGUAGGAGCAUUAGGAAAAAUCACUUCAAGGGAGGGCAUGUCCUACAUUUCCCCAUGAAAAUUGGCUUCAUUGAGCCUUAGUCUUGUAGUGUUGUUCCAAUUGGAUCCAUUAGGCUGAAAAAGCGGUGAGAAAAAAAGAAUAUGAACCAAAUCAGUAAAUGGAGCACCCAGCUUACUGCUGCAGCUGCACUCUAACUGUUCACACACAAUGUCUGUGUAAAUAAACACUCAAACGCACCAUCUCUCUUGCUCACACACUCAUACACUACAGCACAGCAGCCAUAUGAAAUAGAAUGCCUGCAUAAACACAUGAAAGCAUGCACUCACUCACACAUCUGUUUUUGUGCCUGCCUUCAACAAAGCUGUGUAUAAAACAUGUAUCCUCAAACACGUAUCCCAAGACCUAGAGAGUUGCCGGGAUAGCUUGGCAGCGGCCUUAGAGCACUGAAUAUGCAAAUGCAAUCUCCAACCACUCUCUAUGCCCCACAUACAUACACAACACACACAGGUUUGAUGAGAGUGAUACUGAAUUCCAUAGCGAGUCUUAGCCCCUACUCCAUAGACUUUCCUGUAAGUCUGAAACGAUUGGAUAGGUUUAAGCCACCCAAGCAAAUCAGAAGCCAAGGUGAGUCACAAGGUGCAAGCUAACCGAUCCUGUCAGGUCUAGAAGAGGGCCUAGGGGUUAGAGAGAGAGAGAGAGAGAGGCUCUUCUCCUCCAUAUCUAACCCCAUCUCUCCACCUCCUUCCCUCCUCCCUCAAAGAGCCAGAGGUUUCAGUGGGUUGUGUUGUAGCUAAUAGUUUGGCUUGCUGAGUCUUCUCCAGGCCUUUUUCCCAGCAGGGCACUCUGCUCUAACUUCUCAUUGACACAUCUCCAUCUCUAUAUACUGGAGCCUGGCAGGAUGCAGUAUUGAGUUAGGGGUUGUGAGGGGAGACAGUGGGUGGGAAAAAGAUGGAGGGAGAGGCGGAGGGAGGGAGAGAGGGAGAGAGGGGGGAGAGAGGGAGCGAGCGAGCGAGAGGAAGGCUGACAUUGAUAUGGUGCUGAGAGAAAAGGAGAACUGAGGUAAAUUGAGAUGCUGAAUGGGCUGUGGAAGCCUCAGUGGAUCAAUGAGACACCUGAAUUCUCUGAUCUUAUUCACACUGUUAGAUAGCCAUCUCCUUCGCUCAGAUUUUGGGCUACACACAAACUUUUUAGACAAAUGCACAAGUGUAUGUGAGCUUGUAAGACAGCAGCUGUGAGGGACUACCGCUCCUGUCUAACAAAGGCCAGACUAAUGAGGACACCUGGGGUCAGUGGUUCUGUCUCUGAGCCGCCCGCCCAGCGUACCAUAGACUAGCGGAGGAGGUGGGCUGAAUGGAGCCACUCUGUCAUCCAAUAUAACAUCCUCAUUUAAAACGCACUAGACAUGAUCCUCACCUCAGACAGCCAAGGAUAUGCUAACAAUGUACCAUACAAAGUUCAAUUAUAUCCAAAGAUUGUAAAAUACCACAAUAAAAUGCCACCAUAUCUAGCAUCAUUUGUAAAGCUGUACAAAUUCCAUACCCAUGGUCAUGGUUAGGGCUGUUGUGGUGACCAUAUUACCGCCACACCGGCGGUCAUGAGUCAUGGCCGCAGUAAAAAUCCACGUGACAGCACAGUUGAAAGAUAUAUGGCAAAUAGAAAUCAAAACUGGAUGGUCUUCAGAGACAGAUGGGAGGAGGGGUUGAGGGUAGCUGAAGGAUGGGACUAAAAACAAACAAAAAUAACUAUUGUAAAAUAUACUGUGUCCGUAAAAAUGUAUAUAGUAUGAAUAAACUGGAAGAAGAAGCCUCAGUGUUAUUGUCCAUUAGUUUACUCCAAUUAGGGGAGGGGUGGUAGGGUCAGGGGAAAAUAAUAAAGGAAAAUAUAUUUUAAAAUAUGUUAUAUACAGUACCAGUCAAAGUUUGGACACACCUACUCAUUCAAGGGGUUUUCUUAAUUUUUUUACUAUUUUCUACAUUGUACAAUAAUAGUGAAGACAUCAAUCAUGUAGUAACCAAAAAAGUGUUAAACAAAUCAAAAUAUAUUUGAGAUUCUUCAAAAAGCCACCCUUUGCCUUGAUGACAGCUUUGCACACUCUUGGCAUUCUCUCAACCAGCUUCAUAAGGUAGUCACCUGGAAUGCAAUUCAAUUAACAGGUGUGCCGUCUUAAAAGUUAAUUUUUGGAAUUUAUUUCCUUCUUAAUGCGUUUGAGCCAAUCAGUUGUGUUGUGACAAGGUAGGCGGGUAUACAGAAGAUAGCCCUAUUUGGUAAAAGACCAAGUCCAUAUUAUGGCAAGAACAGCUCAAAUAAGCAAAGAGAAAUGACAGUCCAUCCUUACUUUAAGACAUGAAGGUCAGUCAAACUGGAAAAUGUCAAGAACUUUGAAAGUUUCUUCAAGUGCAGUCGCAAAAACCAUCAAGCGCUAUGAUGAAACUGGCUCUCAUGAGGACCGCCACAGGAAUGGAAGACCCAGAGUUACCUCUGCUGCAGAGGAUAAGUUCUUUAGAGUUACCAGCCUCAGAAAUUGCAGCCCAAAUAGAUGCUUCACAGAGUUCAAGUAACAGACACAUCUCAACAUCAACUGUUCAGAGGGGACUGUGUGAAUCAGGCCUUCAUGGUUGAAUUGCUGCAAAGAAACUACUACUAAAGGACACCAAUAAGAAGAAGAGACCUGCUUGGGCCAAGAAACACGAGCAAUGGACAUUAGACUGGUGGAAAUUUGUCAUUUGGUUUGGAGUCCAAAUUGGAGAUUUUUGGUUCCAGCCGCAUUGUCUUAGUGAGACAUGGUGUGAGUGAACGGAUGAUCUCCGCAUGUGUAGUUCCCACCGUAAAGCAUGGAGGAGGAGGUGUUAUUGUGUGGGGGUGCUUUGCUGGUGACACUGUCUAUGAUUUAUUUAGAAUUCAAGGCACACUUAACCAGCAUGUCUACCACCGCAUUCUACAGCGAUACGCCAUCCCAUCUGGUUUGGGCUUAGUGGGACUAUCAUUUGUUUUUCAACAGUACAAUGACCCAACACACCUCCAGGUUGUGUAAGGGCUAUUUGACAAGGAUGACAGUGAUGGAGUGCUGCAUCAGAUGACCUGGCCUCCACAAUCACCCGACCUCAACCCAAUUGAGAUGAUUUGGGAUGAGUUGGACCGCAGAGUGAAGGAAAAGCAGCCAACAAUUGCUCAGCAUAUGUGGGAACUCCUUCAAGACUGUUGGAAAAGCAUUCCAGGUGAAGCUGGUUGAGAGAAUACCAAUAGUGUGCAAAGCUGUCAUCAAGGCAAAGGGUGGCUACUUUGAAGAAUUUAAAAUCUAAAAUAUUUUCUGAUUUGUUUAACACUUUUUUGGUUACUACAUGAUUCCAUAUGUGUUAUUUCCUUCACUAUUAUUCUACAAUGUAGAAAAUAGUAAAAAUAAAAACAAACCCUGGAAUGAGUAGGGGUGUCCAAACUUUUGACUGGUACUGUAUAUUUACCAAGAAAAUAUAUGGGGGAUUGGAAAUGAUGCAGACAAUUACAUUGAUGGAAGCCACAAUCUAUCUGCAAUAAAAAAGCUGAUCUACCCUAAAAAAAAAAUACAUUAAUAAUAAUAAUAAUUCCAUGUGACUUGAGUAAUCUCCUCUUAUGCACUUUGGACAUGCGUUGGUAGUACCCAACUCACUAACUUGAUCAUCAGGUCCUAAUGGCCUGGUACUCAGCGAUUUAUUGUCCCUCUAACCACUCUGACAUCAAUGCAAAUGUAUUCAAAAUCACACCAAACACUUAUGAUCAAAACAGUCUCAUUCUUUUAAAACUCACCUCACUGUGAUGAUCAAUUUGAAGAAAGACGUUCAACAGCAGGUUGAAACUGAGUGGAAAACAUGGUCAUUGUGGAUGUUGUUUCAAAGCCUAACACAACGAAAUGAACAGCACUUUCUAAGGUGAUGAUUAAUUCAAAACACCCAUACUAUUACAACUUAUGAAUACCAUAGGCCUAUAUAUGAGCCCAAGCCCGAAAACAAACCCUGAAUUAAAUUAACGAUUGUGCCAUUAUACAAUACAUAGCCUAUACUCCACAAUUCACCAAAUUCUAGUAAUCGUCUUUGAGUUUGGACUGUAGUAUUAUGCAUACUGGAUGGGCUGGUUACCUUAUGCUACGCUCCAAAAUGUCUAUCCAUGAGUCAGGGAGAGAACGUCUAGGCCUAGGCGAUGCUAUUGGUUUGUUGAUUUUGCAGGGCGGCUUACAGAGUUAGCCUACAAUUAUAGUGAAUUUUGUAUUAGAUUUUUAAGCUUAGUAAUAGGGCAUUUUUUAUAUUUUCAUAAUUAAUAGGCUGACACGGUGCGUUUCCAUCUCCUCUCUCUCCUUAAUUCCUUCUAUAUGCAAUCCCGUGUGAAAGCAGUUUUUUGAUGGUUGCCACUAAAAAGAGGAGGAUCCCAGGUGCUACUAUAUUUAUUCCUCAGCUGCUUAUAUUUAGCACAUGCUCCACUAUAUAACCGGAGUAGCCUACCCAGCAUGAUUGAAAAACAAACUGUGGGCAAGCAAUCUCCAUUCGCUAUUCGAGUGCAUAGGGUUAACAUGUAUUUCUUCCCCUGGCUUUGUUCCUGCCCAUUUGAUAAUGGGCCAUUCUAAAUCUAAACUAAUUUUACAUAUUAAUGAAGACAAGAUUAAAUUGAGAAUAGUCUGAUGGAUGAAAAUAUGAUCACUAGAUGAGAGAACAGCGCGUGUAGCCUGAGGCAAGCAACAGAGCUCAAGUUUUUUUUGCAACAUGCAUCCCAUAUGUUUUGAUUUAAGACAUUCUAAGGUUUGUAUCAUUCACAACUAAAGUUGCCAAAUAACUCUAAAUCUAGAGUAUAGGACCUGUUUAACAUGAUCACUUUUACGCUCAACAUAGCCACUUCAUAUGCGCACUCGCUCCUGGAGGGGAAAAAUAUCCUUUCUAUUUUAUUCAGUGAAGUUCAAUUAUAUUCUUAAUACUAUAAAAUCAUAUAAUAUAAAAUAAUGGCAUGGGACUUAUAAGUGUAUCUUAUUUGCUAAAUGAACUAGCCUACAGCCUAUGGCAUGGGCGCACAGCAAGAUAACAUGUAGGCCAACUCAUUUUCUGUUCUUCUGAAAUACAUUUUCUUCAUAUCAUAAUGUUUCUUUAGCCCUGCCUAAAAUAAGUAAUGGAUUUAUUGUGAUGGUGUAUUAAAUGUAUUUAUUAGACUUUUUUAAAUGUAGAUGUUCCACAGGGGCGCAUGAGCGGCUUGUAUGCAGCUUGUAUGCGUGGGGGCCUGGAGAUGCUAAACAUGUUUUUACCGGGAGCCCUAGCCACAGCCCUAGUCAUGGUGUUUGCUCAAAUAGGUCUCUGUAGGUCCGCAGGUGACAGACAGUCCAGACAGAGAGACAGACUAAGAUUUAAACAGACAGACAGACAUUUAAACAGCUUUUAUCACCUCCCUCAGUGAGCUAAGGAGGAGAUAUGGAGCAGCAUGACUCAUCGUGCUGGACCGCCAGACAGCAGAAGCAGAUUGGACUAGAACAUAUAGCUAAACCAGCCAGGAGAAUGAAUAUGGAACUAGCUAGCAGUCUGUGGUUAGCGUUAGCUAGUGUUAGUGUUACCUCAAAGCCUCUCUGGGGAUGGAGCUACCUGUCUGUCACACCUGCCAGGCCACAGUGUCUACACACAGUCACACACAGCCGGAGGCUUCAUAAUAUACACUACAUGACCAAAAGUAUGUGAACACAAAAUCAUGGACAUUAAUAUGGAGUUGGUCCCCCCUUUGCUGCUAUAACAGCCUCCACUAUUCUGGGAAGGCUUUCUAAUGGAUGUUGGAACAUUGCUGCGGGGACUUGCUUCCAUUCAGCCACAAGGGCAUUAGUGAGGUCGGGAACUGAUGUUGGGCGAUUAGGCCUUGCUCGCAGUCGGCGUUCCAAUUAAUACCAAAGGUGUUCGAUGGGGUUGAGGUCAGGGCUCUGUGCAGGCCAGUCAAGUUCUUCCACACCAAUCUCGACAAACCGUUUCUGUAUGGACCUCACUUUGUGCACGGGGGCAUUGUCAUGCUGAAACAGGAAAGGGCCUUCCCCAAACUUAUGCCACAAAGUUGGAAGCACAGAAUCGUCUAGAAUGUCAUUGUAUGCUGUAGCGUUAAGAUUUCCCUUCACUGGAACUAAGGGGCCUAGCUACCAUGAAACACUACCAUGAAAAAUAAAGUAAUCCUUCUACCCCCCCUUACCCCACCCCAAAGAAAGAAAAAAAGUUGUAAAGUGGUUAUCCCACUAGCUAUAAGGUGAAUGCACCAAUUUGUAAGUCGCUCUGGAUAAGAGCGUCUGCUAAAUGACGUAAAUGUAAAAAAAAUGUAAAAAAGCGGCCGGGAGACCCAUGGGGCAAUUGACCCAGCGUCGUUCAGGGUAGGGGAGGGAAUGGCCGGCUGGGAUGUAGCUCAGUUGGUAGAGCAUGGCGUUUGCAACGUCAGGGUUGUGGGUUCGAUUCCCACGGGGGGCCAGUAUGAAAAAUGUAUGCACUCACUUAACUGUAAGUCGUUCUGGAUAAGAGUGUCUGCUAAAUGACUAAAAUGUAAAUGUAAAAACAGCCCCAGACCAUUAUUCCUCCUCCAUCAAACUUGACAGUUUGCGCUAUGCAUUGGGGCGCAAGUAGCAUUCUCCUGGCAUCCGCCAAACCCAGAUUUGUACGUCGGACUGCCAGAUGGUGAAGCGUGAUUCAUCACUCCAGAGAACUGGUGAUCUUAGGCUUGUGUGUGGCUGCUCGGCCUUGGAAACCCAUUUCAUGAACAGUUCUUGUGCUGAUGUUGCUCCCAGAGGCAGUUUGGAACUCGGUAAUGAGUGUUGCAACCGAGGACAGACGAUUUUUACGCACUACACGCUUCAGCACUUGGUGGUCCCGUUCUCUGAGCUUGUGUGGCCUACCACUUCACGGCUAAGCUGUUGUUGCUCCUAGAUGUUUCCACUUCACAAUAACAGCACUUACAGUUAGUUGACUGGGGCAGCUCUAACAGGGCAGAAAUUUGACGAACUGACUUGAUGGAAAGGUGGCAUUCUAUGACAGUGCCAUGUUGAAAAUCCCUGAGCUCUUCAGUAAGGCCAUUCUACUGUCAAUGUUUGUCUAUGGAGAUUGCAUGGCUGUGUGCUAGAUUUUAUACACCUGUCAGCAACGGGUGUGGCUAAAAUAACCGAAUCCACUAAUCAUACUUUUGUAUAUGUAGUGUAAUUCAUGUACAGUACAUACCUUAAUACACAAAUUGAAUUAACUACAAACUCCAUAAUAAUUAAUGUACAUAAAUUAAUACACAAAUGAAUAUUUAAUGAUGUUAAUUAGUUACAUAAGGUUUGGCCAGUUGAACCCUGGCCAGUAUGUGUGUGGGAGAGUGGGUGUAGUGUGUGGAUGGAAUAGAGAAGUAGCAGAGUGUAUAGUGAGUGGGUGGUUCCAGUGGGCGGAAGUCACAGUGGGUGGGCUGGACAUCUGGUGGUGAGAGGAGGAAGACACAACUAACUUCUGAUAAGAGGAAGUGAAGGCAAAGUGCUGUUGGGAGUACGGUACAGCACACUCAUUUUAAUAAAAAGGAAAAAACAUGCCACUGAAUAAACAUGUCAUUCUGUGUGGGUCUGACUGCGUGUCUGUCUUAGUCUGACCCCGUUUAUACAUGGUGCUAACAUGGGUCCUUAGUCCUGAUCUUGUCCACAUACUGAUUGUGCCCACAUGUCCAGAAAUGUGUCUACACAUGGUAUUAACAUGUGUCUGUUAUCUGUCCACUGGGUCUGCAUUGUGACUUCCUGGUCCCUUCAUUUAUGCAAAUUAUUUCACAGCUAUUCUUUCAAAAUAAGAUGUAUUUAUUUAUUGUAAGACACAUAUUGAUGUAGUCAGUCAAUGGUGCCACCUGUCAAUGAUUUUAGGAAUAAUGAUGACUUAAAUGGUUUCUAUGUACAGAUCUGUCUACACUUGUAAGAUAUCCAGACACAAUGUGUGUCUGACUACCUCUGGAGGUGGGCAGGAUGAUCUGAUCACAAUCAGAUCACAUUGUGUCUUUUGAUUGUCGACACCUGUCAAAAAAUGUGGGCACAAUCGGAAUGUGGACAAGAUCAGGAAAAGGACGCAAGUUAGAACCAGGUAUAAACGGGGCUUCUGUAUCUAUCUGUCUCUGUCUUUCUGUGCGUCUGUGCACCUAACUGCGUGUGUAUGUGUUUGACUGACAGGUCCAGAACAUCACCCAGUCCAUGGAGUUGCUGGACCUGCGGACCAACAGGGACCUUCAGUAUGUGAGGAACACAGAGAGCCUGAUGAAGGCUGUAGACGUCAAGCUGAAGACUGCCUCAGACAACCCCCGCAGCCUCAACCCCAAGAGCUUUCAGGUAACGCACAUGAGAUGCGUGCAUGUGUCCAUUCAUGUGUACUGAAUUUAAAUCACACAGGUUUCUAUGCGAAGCAUAUUUCUAAACUACGUGUGUGAACUUUCUAUAGGAACCUCCUGUACUCUAUCACAGUAUUUAUAAAGAAUACUCACUACAGCUUCCUCUACAUCACAACACAUAAUGACACACUAACACUCACAUAGCUUAUCUUCAUCUGCUACUUCAGUGUAAUUGAGUCAUGUACAGGAGGCAAUUUGAGCACGUUCAAAUGCACCUUCAUUAUUAAAACCCCAUGACCAAGGACAAGAGUGUUUCUCUCUCUCUCUCGCUCGCGCUCUCUCUGCCUGUUCUCAGUUAACAGCCAUAUAUAUUCACAUUUAUCUCUUCCUUAUCUUCCUACAAGUGGAAUCUCAGGCUCCAUUAUUACAGUGUUUCUGUCUUCCUGUCAGUAUGCCUUUUCAGGCCUUUCUUUACACUCUCUCGGAUAUUAGAUGGACCAUAAAAUGGUUUGAUUAAAAGAUGCUUUGAUAAAUGCUUUAAUGCCUAAGCCUGCUUUACUGCUGGGACUCUGCACGGCAACAGGGAUGGGCCUGGGGAAUGGCCUCAUGGUGUUUCUCUCUCAACACGUUUUAUUAUUAAAGUCACUGCAAUGUUUACGAAAUCCCCCCCAUUCAUCAAUAUAUCUUAAUAUCACUAACAUAUGCCAAGUCGUGCAAAUUCAAAUAGCCUUCCAAAUGUGAAUGAAUACUCAUUCACGAUCCAAUGGGUUGAAAAAAAAUGCAUAAGUCUAAAAGCUGCAUUUGACUUUCUGUGAGACAGCCUGAUGAAUCUGUGGAGCUCAACGUCGCCGAUGGCAGGGCACGGGAGAUUAACGAGAGGGAAUUUACAGGGGGUGAACUGGGUAAAAUUAGAUUUAUGAUGUGGCGCUGUGUGGCUGAGAGCUGCUCCAUCACCAGAUUUACGAUUAAACUUAACAAGGAGAAAACAGCCCCUCCUGUGGUGGACUAGCUUUAUUGAUACACCUGCUGCUCCUAACUGCCGUACAGCACAGGGCUGCAUUGAUAUAGCAUAGCAGGCUACCUCAGGCUACCUCUUCUCUCCUCUCCUGCUACCCCUUCAUCGAUACACCACUGGCCUAUGAGAAAUCAUCCCCACCACCUCCCUGACAGCAGAUCAGUCAUAGAUGUGGAGCUGAGGCUAGGCUAGGAUAGAUGGGAUAGGUCCCCCGGACGAGGAAGAGGUCUGCAUUGGAAAAUGAAACAAUAGAGUCCAGGAUCAACAGUAUGCAUGAAAACACAUUUGGGUAUUUAUCAUGAGAAAGGUGACUAGUUCUGACAUUCGAAUGCAGCCAGUACCAUCACACACACAAAUCUGCCCUUCUGUUUGCUAUGUGUGUGGUUCCUCUCUCUCACUCCUCUUUCUACUGUUUUUCAUCUUUCUGAAUCCAAUCUUCCCAUUUGUCACCCCUCUCUUCUUCCAACCCCAGGAGUUGAAGGACAAGGUGACCCAGCUGCUCCCCCUGCUGCCGGUGUUGGAGCAGUACAAGAUGGACGCCCGUCAGAUCAGCCGGCUGAGGGAGGAGGUGAGGAACCUGUCCCUGGUGCUCAUGGCCAUCCAGGAGGAGAUGGGAGCCUACGACUACGAGGAGCUGAGACACAGGGUCCUGCUGCUGGAGACCAGGCUCCACUCCUGCAUGCAGAAACUGGGUGAGGAGGGUGGAGGGGGUGUGUGGUUGGUAGUGUCUGUGGAGAUCCAUAAAUAUCCAUAAAGGUGAAGAUCCAGGAUGACAUUAUACUGAUAGAAAGAUGCUGACAUCCCAACCCUAACAGAACGUCUUAUGGCUACUCUACUAUGACUGGUUAGAGGUAGUCUACAUGUACAUAAUACUGUAAGGGCUAUCCAAAUUGACUAGGCAAUGUGAGAACCUAACACAGAUCAUUUGUAAUAUUUUUUAUACUAAAUGUAUUUGUUCACAACCUGAGAUGCAGUUGGAUUUAGAAUAAAGGACUUACUUGUUUUUCUCAAUGAAUAGUCAAGCAGUGCUCUCUGAAAACACUAUUAUAAAAACCAGAAGAGUAUCUUUACGAUCAAUUUAAUCCAACACAUUAAUGAUACACUAGCACUAUAAGCAAUGUGAAAUGUAGCUAGCUGAGAUGCAGGUUAUUAAUGGUCAACAUUCUCGUGAUGUUAAUGUACAGUACUAGUAUUAAGCUGGAUAAAUUAUCCAGUAAUGGCCUAGAGAUGCCCGGAUAAAUGAUCAUUCUCAUGUAAUAUGUGGAGCUAAACUGCUGAUUUAGUAAAAUCCUGUAUAUAUAAACUGAUGAUUUAACAGAAAAAGGGAUUGCAGCUAAAAUGUUGCUUUUAGCUGUUUAAUAUUUCACGAUAUUCUGGGUGGGUGGGUGCGUGUGUGUGUGUGUCGCAGGCUGUGGGAAGUUGACCGGCGUCAGUAACCCCAUCACCAUCCGUGCGUCAGGGUCAAGAUUCGGCUCCUGGAUGACUGACACCAUGAUCCCUAGUUCAGACAACCGGGUAAGUUUUCCACACACAUGAACGCACACACACACGUUUGUUUUACUAUCCUUGUGGGGACCAAAACAUUGAUUCCCAUUCAAAAUCCUAUUUUCUCUAACCCCUAAACCUAACCCUAACACCUAACCCUAAUUAUAACCCUAAUUGUAACCCGUAAGCCUAAAAAAGCAAUUUUCCUUGUGGGGACUGGCGAAAUGUCCCCACUCUGAAUGUUCCUUGUUUUACUAUCCUUGUGAUGACCAGAAGUCCUAGGAUAGUAAAAGAAGGAACAUUCAGAGUGGGGACAUUUCGCCGGUAAAAACCAAACCACACACACUGACCCCUGACCCCCAAAACACAGUUUAUCACAUGGCUUAGACUACAGCUCCAGAGGACCCUCACAGGGGGGUUGUAUGCUGUAAUGCUACUUUGGUGACGGACUAUUUUGACUCCAGAGAGUCACUGAGAGCUGAGUCACUGAUGGAUGGCAGCCCUGCCUCCUCUCCCUCCCUCCCUCCCGUCCCAUCCCGUCACAGCUACAGUACUCCUGCUGAUUAAUCAUUCUGUCAUGGGGGAAGAAAUGAACGACUUGUUUAAGCAGAAGUUUCUCCAAUCACCUGGGUAAUUACCAGCAGUGUGACUGCCAGCCGAGCAGCAGAGCAGCAGAGACUGAGACAGGGCUGUGAGUCUGGACACAGAUGAUACAGUAAUGGGUUUUCCUAAUUGGAGAUGACAUGUUGUCGCACGUUAACAAGCCCCUCUGGUGUAGAGUAAAGAAGAGAGGGGAGAGGAGAGGAGAGGAGAGGAGAGGAGAGGAGAGGAGAGGAGAGGAGAGGAGAGGGGGUGGUAGAAGGGAAGAGGAGAGGGAGAGAAGGUGGAAGAGGGGGAAGAGAGGGGAGGGGAUGCGUGGAGGGGGAGCGGAAUGGAGGAUAGGAGAAGUGAGGAAAGAGAGAGGGGAGGAGAGGACAGACGUUCCUUUCCGUGGGGGAAAAAUUAAGAUGGACUUUCUCAUCUAAACAGUGUCAUCAUGUCCCAGACUAAAUAGAUGGAAUGUUGUGUUGUAGACAGCAAAGGUCAUCGUCUCCCCCAUGCAGUUUAAUGAUCACUUCGCUCACUGACAUCACAUUAGAAUUCAUAUCAAUCACUGAUCCUAUAGCCCCUAUACAUCCAAAGAGUAUCACAUUAACGCCCGUAUCCAUCACUGUGAUCACAUUUGGGAUCCCAAAUGUCAUUGGCUCCUGAGAGUGAAAUGUAAUUGGCUCCACUCUGCCUCCCGAAUGCUACAUGACAAAAAACCUCUCUCUCAGACAUGCCUGUCUGCCUGUGCGUGUCCCAACCAUGGCACAAGUAAAGCCCAUCCAUGCUCUAGGGACUCGUUUAACUGUGAAAAGGAGAAAUAAUACUUAAUGCUCCAUAAUCUUCCCUCCUCCAUAAUUCAGCUGCUAUUCCAGCACCACCAGGGCUCCUGUCCUCCCUCCCCUCCCUCCCUCCGGCGAUCAGCCUAAAAACAAGUGGAUAGGACCAAAUCCUUGCCUGAUACAUUAAGAUACAUUGUAGGCCGUCAUUGUAAAUAAGAAUUUGCUCUUAACUGACUUGCCUAGUUAAAUAAAAAGUACAUAAAUGAGCUGAUUGUGGUUUAAUUGAAUCAAUUAAUAGUGGAGAGGCCAGGGGAUGAGUGGAGUUUGGGUCAUGGAGGGGGCUGAUCUGUCAAUGACCCGAUCCAGUCAUUCUCAGUAGCAGAGAAAAGAGAGAAAGAGACGCUAACGGGAUUGAUUUUCUGUAAGUGGGCUGGAAAGGGCAGUGUGGCAGGCUGGUCUGACUGCAGAGCAUACAGACAAGGUCUUCACACACACACAGACACACAGACACAUACACAGACACAUACACAGUAGAUCAAUAGCACUGCACAUACACCACACAAACACAUGCACACACCUACGCACGCAUGAAAAAAGGUAUGAACACACACUUUACUCAGGGCACUGCUGUAGGCAGGUUAUCAGGAAGAAAGAAGAAUAGACACCUCUGAUGUAAUGGAGCACAACAUUAUCACUAUGUUUACAUCCUUACUCACUGCUCCACUCUCUCUCUCUCGCUCUCGCUCUCUCUCUGCCUCUCUCUCUGCUCCUCUCUCUCUCUCUCUCUCUGCCUCUCUCUCUGCUCCUCUCUCUCUCUCUCACUCUCACUGCUUCUCUCUCUCUCCUCCUCUCUCUCUCUAUCUCUAUCUCUAGGUUUGGUCCAUGGACGGCUACUUUAAGGGUCGUCGUGUCCUGGAGUACCGCACCCUAAACGACUUCAUGAAAGGCCAGAACUUUGUUCAGCACCUGCUGCCCCACCCCUGGGCGGGGACUGGCCACGUGGUCUACAACGGCUCCCUCUACUACAACAAGUACCAGAGCAACAUCAUCAUCAAGUACCACUUCAGGUCCCGCAGUGUUCUGGUGCAGCGCAGUCUCAGUGGGGCCGGCUACAACAACACCUUCCCCUACUCCUGGGGAGGCUCCUCAGACAUCGACCUGAUGGCAGACGAGAACGGCCUGUGGGCCGUCUACACCACCAUCCCCAACGCCGGCAACAUUGUCAUCAGCCGACUGGAGCAGCAGAGCCUGGAGGUGCUGCAGACAUGGGACACAGGGUUCCCCAAGCGCAGCGCCGGAGAGUCUUUCAUGAUCUGUGGCACGCUGUACGUCACCAACUCCCACCUGGCCGGGGCUAAGAUCUACUUUGCCUACUAUACUAAUUCGUCUACCUACGAGUACACAGACAUCCCCUUCCAUAACCAGUACUCCCACAUCUCCAUGAUGGACUAUAACCCCAGGGAGAGGGUGCUGUACACCUGGAACAACGGACACCAGGUACUCUACAACGUCACUCUGUUCCAGGUCAUUAAGACCGCUGGGGACUAGAGAUACCAGGGGUGGCUGGUGUCACUUUACAUCGGAGGACGGGCCUAUUGUAAUGGUUGGAAUGGAAUGAAUGGAACGAUAUCAAACAACCAUUCCAUUGAUUCCAUUCCAGUCAUUAGUAUGUGCCGUCCUCCCUUCACAAGCCUCCAUGGAGAGACACCUAGAGCUAGCCUGGUCCCAGGUUUGUUGUGCUGUCUUGACAACUCCUAGUGUGACAAUGUAUGUGUUGGAAAGAUAGCACAGACAGAUCUGGGACCAGGCUAACCCAUAGGCAGAGUCAGACCGAUCACACAACAAAACUAUAAUGGUGUUAUGGAGGGGGGGUGGGCGGGCAGACAGAUGGACAGACGGAGGCUUGGACUUUUUUUAAAGCAUUUCAAUCUUCUUCAUAGACUGCUGUUAUUCAUUUGGGAAAAAAAUACACUUCGACAGCAAGGUCGGUAAAUAUAUACAGACUUGGGAGGCUUUCUGAUUUUCUUUUCUGUGAUGAGUAAGCAUGGUUCUUUUUAUUUGUGAUGAGAAA